UCAUCAUUUCCGCGAUACAAAUGGUGACAAGAUGAUGGAGAUCAAAUAUUUGAUUAUUGCUGUUCUUAUAUCUGCAUCUAUUGUAGAUCUUGCAAUAGCAGAUCCUAGAAUAGAAGAUUUGAGUAAACAAAUAGUAGAUCACUCUGUACAAGAUACAAUUAUUAAUUUAACUGAAAAUGGUUGUGAAUGUAUACGAUAUGAUUGUGGAUGUUGCAAACAUAUAGAAUGGGAUACCAUUAAUAUAAAUGGAUCGUUCUGCGGAAAUGCAACUUAUUUGGAUCAAGAAUAUGGCUUUUCUGUAACUGUGACUUAUAAUACUAUUAUUAUAAUCAAUGAAACAGUAUCAGCAAGAAAUCCACCACCGAUUUGCUACGCUUUUUUACAUUUGUCAAAAUUUCCAAAAUUGCCAAUAUUGACAAAUGAAAUUUGUUUACGCCUUUAUGACAUAGAUGUAAGCAAAGUAGAUAUUCAUAUAUGUUUUGAAAUAACAAUAAAAAUGUUACUAGUAAAAGAAAUAGUAAUACCACUAGAUUGCAUUACUAAAAAAUUUAAAUCGCCAAAGGAAAUAUAUAAAGGACAUCCUAAUGUCCUAAUGGUAUAAUUUUAUAUCAAUGUUAUAUAUUAUAAGCUACAAAUAUUUGUAUUGUAUCUGAAGUAUAUAUUUUGAAUAUUUACAUUUAAUUCUGUUAAUGUUAACAUAAUGUAUAUCUAUUAUUUUAAUUGUAUCAGUAAUUAAUAAAUAUAUUCGUUA